AUGGCGUCUGAAUCUGCUCCGGGGCAUGACAUGUUUGAGGUCAAUCAAAUAUUAGAUAAAAGCAAGUACAAAAAUAAGACAAUGUACUUGAUCAAGUGGAAAGGCUACUCCCACGCUGAAAACACGUGGGAGCCUUAUAGCCAUCUACACGAAAAUUGCAGUGAUGCAAUCAAGAAACUUCGAGAACGUUUCAGGAAUAUGGGUGGCAAAGUGAAACAGCUCACCGAUGCUGAUGUGCUCCACCAACGGACUGCAACACCCCACAUCUUCAUCGAUAUUGACACCAUCGAUAAAGAUAUUGUGGAAGAACAACCGGAUGCAGUUUUGCUGAACGCUCAAUUGAAGUGGAUGCAUCAUGAAGGAUUCAUCCGUGGCAUGGAAAUCAACGAAGACAACGAUCCGCCAUUCCCAAAACUGGACAUUGGAUACCCCACGAACGUUGAUGAUGUGGAAAUUGGCGAUGCCAACGGACCUCAACUAUCACCUUUGGCCAUCAAUAAAGACGAUUAUUUCACCACCUCCAUUGACCAUACAUCACAGAUGAGUGAACCGGCGGCCAAGAAGAAAACCAUUAGGGAACUGCUUAUAAGUCGCAUGGCGCUCGUCAAAUACACGGCCUUUGGCACUUACCUAGAGUGUAAAUCGCGGGAUUACACAAGAGAUAACCCUGGCUGUUACAUCAAAGAUUACGAAAUUUCAUCAGUCGAGGACAAAUGUCAGCCAGGUAGUCGUUACAAUGGAGGCCCAUUUCGAGGGACGUAUCCCACGAUUGGCCUUCCUCCAGGAUCGUCAAGUCAAGAGCUGCUUUUUCACGUGGUCUCCAGUGAUCAAACCGGGCCUGAUGGGAAGUCGUUUGAACUUGUAUCCUUGGUGCCAAAAGAUUGGGUAGAUGUAGAUUUCAAAUAUUUUCUUCAUCCCCAUCCUGACUUUAAUGUCAACGGACUCUACACUUGGGAAUGGCUUUUGAUUAAUUUCAAAAAGCGCAGGUACCCUGAGCUGACUUUUGUAGAAUACGACAUAAUGGAUCUUACCACUGAAUGCCCUGUUCCUUAUGAAGAAGCUGAGAAUGAAAUUAGUAAAGUUUUAAACACCUUGCAAGAAACUCAGCUAGGAAGCAACGAGAGCCUCGAAUCCUGGGAACGACCUCCGAAAGAGCUCUCUUUUUGCUCUAAUGGUGAUACAAGUUCGCACGCCCUUAUGCAGCUAGCGAAAAGAAUGGAUAACUCCAAAAACUUGUCUAGAAGCUUUUCUGCAAGUACUCCUAAUAGUAGACCUGGUUCUGGUAGCAAGCCUUUUCCUACUACUUGUGGAAAUAUUGCGAAAAAGCCUCGAACAAUUGUCAGUAAGAAAGGAGCAGCAUCAAAGGGAACGGACGAUGAGCGAAAUUCUACUCAUAGUAGAAAUCAAUCCGUGAUUUCUCUUGACAGUGAACCGAACGCAAGUUCUAAUCGUAACAAUUCCGAAACGAGAUUUACGGGAGUAACGGCUUUACAAAAACGAAAUAGUGUUUCCAAUGGUGAGACCGGAAUUGCAGUUCAGAACAAUAUUCCAACAAACACUACUGAUGAUGCAGCUUGGAAAGCCCAAGUGUUGCAGGGCAUAAAUGCCACUAAUACAUUACUGAAGCAUUUGAUUCCGUCAAAAAAAUUUAUAGAAACAUGUCUCGAUAAAAACAUGGAUCACUUUCGGAAAACGGUAGGGCGAAACUUAAGUAUUCCUUUGAACCGGUUAGAAGACGUCAUGAUACUCAACACUGCUCUAAUUGAUUUGGAUCUAUCCGUUAGUCUGUGCGCGGUCCAAAUUACGGAUCUCGGUCACAUUUCGUACUGUUCAACUUUAGCUAAAAGAAUAAUGGACUGCUUGAUAACCCGUGAAAUCUGCACGAAGAUGCAGUGGAAGACGCGUACCAAAGAUUCGCGGCCGGGUAUUUGCCCUCUCGUCAACAUUCUUUCAAUUUUCGGAGCAGUGAUGACGGCUGUUUUAGAGAAACACAACAAAACCACUUCAAUGGCCAAGAUUGUUUUUGCCGUCCAAGAAGCGAGGCGCCAGCAUCAAUGUGAAUACUAUAAGUCGUUGAACAUGACGCCAGUAAAUGAAUCGGAGGAGGAAAGUAGUUCUGUUCAAAAGAAAUGCGAAAAAAGCCAAGCCAUCCUACUGAUGCAACAGCGGACUAAGGCAAUCUUACAGGCAUUGGAAAAUUAUCGAGAAUAAUCACAAGCGCAUUGGAGAACAUAAUAUUAUUUCUUUCAAGUGAUUGUAUUAGUUUGUUGGUGAAUUAUUUCUUUUUUGUUUUCUACAUUAAUUUUUUCAAGUACCAAUAGUGAAUUGAAACAAUAAUUUGACUUUUUUAUGAUUCUCAAUUUCAACAACAAUAUAAUUUUCCGUUAACAGCAAA